AUGUGGGACCCGCGAUCUCUCCUGCUGCUGCUCUCAGGGGCCCUGGCCCUGACCCAGACCCGGGCGGGCCCCCACUCCCUGCGGUAUUUCAACACCGGCGUGUCCCGGCCCGGCGGGGAGCCCCGCUACAUCGAAGUCGGCUACGUGGACGACACGGAGUUCGUGCGCUUCGACAGCGACUCGGCGAGUCCGAGGAUGGAGCCGCGGGCGCCGUGGGCGGAGCAGGAGGGACCCGAGUACUGGGAGCGGCACACGCGGAACGCCAAGGACACCGCACAGACUUUCCGAAUGAGCCUGAGCAACAUCUGUGGCUACUACAACCAGAGCGAGGCGGACUCUCACACCUUCCAGUGGAUGUACGGCUGCGACGUGGGGUCCGACGGGCGCCUCCUGCGCGGGUACGAACAAUUCUCCUAUGACGGCGCCGACUACAUCGCCCUGAACGAGGACCUGCGCUCCUGGACGGCGGCGGCGGGCACGCAGGCUUGGAGAACCCAGCGCAGGUGGGAGCAGGCGGGUGAGGCUGAGUAUCAGAGGAACUACAUGGAGGGCAGGUGCGUGCAGUCUCUGAGGAGAUACCUGGAGAACGGAAACGACACGCUGCUGCGCGCAGAAGCCCCCAGAAGCCACAUCACCCACCACCCCUUCUCUGACCAGGAGGUCACCCUGAGGUGCUGGGCCCUGGGCUUCUACCCUGCCGAGAUCACCCUGACCUGGCAGCGUGAUGGGGAGGACCUGACCCAGCACACAGAGCUGGUGGAGACCAGGCCUUCAGGGGAUGGAACCUUCCAGAAGUGGGCGGCUGUGCUGGUGCCUUCUGGAGAGGAGCAGAGAUACACGUGCCGUGUGCAGCACCAGGGGCUGCCGGAGCCUGUCACCCUGAGAUGGGAGCCCCCUCUUCAGCCCACCAUCCUCACUGUGGGCAUCAUUGUCGGCCUGGCUCUUUGGGCUGUGGUCGCUGGAGCUGUGGUGGCAGCUGUGAUCAGCAGGAGGAAGCGCUCAGGUGGGAAAGGAGGACAGUACACUCAGGCUGCAAACAGCGACAGUUCCCAGGGCUCUGAUGAGUCUCUCUCGAACCCUAGAGUGUGAGGCAGCUGCCCCGCUGGGUUCCUCACAUCCCACUGUUGUGACUCAAGAACUGCUGAUUCUCCUUCUGCCCUGGGACCUGAGUGUGUCUGUGUCCUGUCACACACUGUGAGGGGGAAGACUGGCCCACCCCUGCCCACCAGACCCUCCACACUGACCUGCGUUCUCUUCCCUGAUGCUCUGGGCUGUGCCAGCAGAGACAGGACUCAGCCGUCCCCAUCUGUGUUAGCUUCUUGUUUUCCUGAAUAAUGUUUCUCCCUUACUGAAAUCACCAUAUGAUUUGCAUUUUUCUAAUUCCUGUUUUGUGGGGUUGAGGGUUAAUAAAGGAAAUCCCUGAAAUUUGAGAAGAAAAAUUUAAAAAUCUUGAGACCUUC